CUUUCUUCUUUCUCUUACAACCUUGAUCAUAAAUCAACAUCUUUCAUUCAUGCAGGUUGGAUGGGGUGGAGAGGGUAAAGCCCACAAAGUUCCCAACUUGUAAUCUUGUGAUGUACUCAAAUUUCUUUGAGUGGGACUACAACUACUAGCCUAAAGGUCCAACUUAGUGGCUGGCUGCUCAAUCCCAAUAUUCCUUCUUCCACUUCCAGAAAAAUUCUAAAACCAUUUGCUAUAUAAAGCUAAUUUUGGGCAAUUGAGCAUUGGGCAAAGUACAAGACUUCACUAUACACAGAGAAAUGGCCAACAACUACAAUCAAUUUCUCCUUCUGUUAUUACCUUUACUUCUUCACAUUCACUAUGUAAGAAGUGAACUCCAAUUGAACUACUACUCAGAGAGUUGCCCAAGAGCUGAAGAAAUAAUCAAAGAACAAGUGGCACAGUUGUAUCACAAGCAUGGCAAUACAGCAGUUUCUUGGGUCAGAAAUCUCUUUCAUGAUUGCAUGGUUAAGUCAUGUGAUGCAUCAAUAUAUUUGGACACAGCAAAUGGACAGGAAUCAGAGAAAACAUCUCCAAAAAACUUUGGAAUGAGAAAUUUUAAGUAUGUUGAGACUAUUAAACAGGCACUUGAGAGUGAAUGUCCUAAUACUGUUUCUUGUGCUGAUAUUGUUGCUCUUUCUGCUACAUAUGGUCUUCUCUGGUUAGGAGGGCCACGUGUUGAAAUGAGAACAGGAAGGAAGGACAGCAAAGAAAGCCACUUGACAGAAGUUGAGAGUUCCAUUCCUAACCACAAUGAUUCUAUGUCAUCAGUCCUUUCUCGAUUCCAAUCCAUUGGUGUUGACACUGAAGGAACUGUUGCUCUUUUUGGGGCUCACUCGGUAGGACGAGUUCAUUGUGUGAACCUAGUCCACAGACUUUACCCGACUGUUGAUCCGACCCUUGACCCCGACUAUGCUAAGUACCUUAAAGGUCGAUGUCCGACACCAGAUCCUGACCCAGAGGCAGUUUUAUACUCGAGAAAUGAUCGCGAAACUACAAUGAUCCUAGACAAUAUGUAUUACAAAAACAUCUUGAACCACAAGGGGCUAUUAAUUGUGGAUCAAGAAUUGGUUAGUGAUCCAACUACUUCUCCAUUUGUGGAGAAAAUGGCUGCUGACAAUGGCUAUUUUCAUGAUCAAUUUGCUCGGGCUCUGCUCAUUUUGUCUGAAAAUAAUCCACUUACUGGAGAUCAAGGCGAGAUUAGAAAAGUUUGCCGUUACGUAAAUAGUGCUUAGAUUUGAUUUAUUUGUAGCGGCCAAGAAUGUAAUGUUUGUAUUUGUUUUCUCGUAUUUAUUUCUGUUGUUGUAUUGCAUGCAUUUUCAAGUUUGUUUUAAUAAUACCAGUAAAAUCAAGUGUACUAAAGGGUCUUAAUGCGAUAUAUGCCAGUUCUGUUUUUAUAGCC